AUGCCUGAAGGGCCUGAGCUGUUGUACAUGGCCGAGUUCAUCAACAAUGCCCAGGAGCGUGUUGGUCCCUUCGUGGACGUGUCCAUGAGCGCGCUCGCCACCCACCCGACGAAGCACCCGCGUGUCACCGUGCCCUUCUCGCCGUUCUCACUGCAGGCGCGAAGCCGCGGCAAAGAACUCAUCAUCACCAUCAAGCCGGCGCCAGCAGCGGCGGCACCCUCGUCGAAGCGCAAGAAACAAACGCAGGCAGCGGUCGACGAUGCAGCUGGCAGCAGCUUGGAGGUCCUCGUGCGGGCAGGCAUGUCAGGGAACUUCUUGCUGCUCGAGCCUGGAGAAGAGAUGCCAAAGCACGCACACCUGCGCUUCCACUCUCCCUCGGGCCACGUCCUAUACUUCCAAGACGUUCGAAGGUUUGGGUGCUGGCGGCCUGGUGGUGCGUGGGGACUUGAUGACGAUACGAGAGGGCCGUGCAUCAUUCAAGAGCUCGAUGACGUCGUACAGAAGAUCCAACUGCACCUUCCAUCACGCGCGUUUGCACGCCCCAUCUGCGAGCUGAUGAUGAAUCAGAGCUUCUUCAACGGCAUGGGCAACUAUCUCCGCGCAGAGAUCUUGCACAGGGCAAAGAUCCACCCGUUCAGCCAGGCGCGUGCUGUGCUGAUGGAUGCCGUGAAGCGGCAACACGACGGUCGCCCAGGCUUCUUCUCUGUCUGUGAGCAAGUUCUCGCCGAAUCUGUUGCCCUCCUCCGCAAGCACGGGUUUGCGGAUGACGAGGAGCGAACGCGCGUGUUUGAGGAGUGGCUGCAGUGUUACAUGAAGCUGAACAAGGGGAAGGAUGCCCUUGGCAGAACUAUCUGGUUUGGCAGUGGGCUGCGAAAGGCGCGGGCAAUGGCGGCAGAUGCAGUGGCGGUGGUGAAGCUGAUGCAGUGGCGGUGGUGA